AAUUGUCUGUUCUUUACAUCGUUUGGUCUUCUCACUAAACGGGAUAAUACACAGCUACUUAAAUUCGCUUUCCAUGCGAACGCGCCACGUAUUUGGUUUAUUUUCAAACACUAACCCGGUGUAAUCUGUCGUGUUGAUUGCUGACGUUGGAAAUCCAUGGAAAUCAAAAUCGUGGACUAAGUUUGGUUAGAAUAUUUUGAUGUAUAGUCGAGUUGGUUGAUUUGUUGAAUUAAAGUUUCGUGUAUUCUAAUCGACAAUACUAAAACAAAAUAAUGCAUACUGUCUUCACACGUAGUAAUGCUAUUUUAGCAUAUGCAUUAAGUGUUGGAGGGGCUCUAACGUUUUGUUGUUUUCUCUCCACUGUAUUUAUUGAUUAUAGAGCAAAUGCAACAUUCAAUACUGCAAAAGUACUUGUAAAAAAUGUGCCAGAUUAUAGUGCAGCAAGAGAAAAGAAUGAUAUGGGCUAUGUCACAAUCGAUUUACAAACUGAUCUUACCUCGUUAUUUAAUUGGAAUGUGAAACAACUAUUUUUGUACCUCACAGCUGAAUAUCAAACAGAAACUAAUGAUUUUAAUCAGAUAGUAUUAUGGGAUAAAAUAGUACUUCGCGAGGAUAAAGCUGUAUUUGAUUUUAAGAAUAUGAAUACGAAAUACUAUUUCUGGGAUGAUGGUAAUGGUUUGAGAGGAAAUAAAAAUGUAACAUUAACAUUAUCAUGGAAUAUUAUACCAAAUGCUGGACUAUUACCAUGUGUUAAUGCUAUUGGUUCGCACACGUUCGCAUUCCCAUCCGAAUAUACAUCAAUGCGCGUGUAAGAUAAAUGUGAUCGUUUAUAUCCAUUGUAUUGUAAAAGUUUUAAUUAUUCUACAUAAAAUCAAUGUAUAAUAAACACAACAUUAUUUUUAUGUGUUAUUAUUAAACGUUA